AUUUUUAAUUGUUUAUCAUGAAUUCAAUGCCAUUCGUCUUUGAUUGAAUGGUUUAAAUCGUCUCAAUGGAACAAAUCAAGGAUAGCGAGGAUCCCAAUUCGUGGACUCCAGCUUAUCUUAGAAAAUGCCAAUCAUUGUCACUAGCGUCAGAUGUUGCUUUAUUGAAAUGCAUGCAGGCUCUUUCACAGAGAAUGGUGUCCAGUGCCAACAGUUUGCUGAAAGACUUGGAUUCAUUAAAUGAGGACACUACUUCAGCAUGUGUGAAAGUGGAAUACUGCAUUCAGAAUUUAAACUUGAUAUCUACCAAGCAGUUCAUGGAGAAACGAGUGUAUGAUGAAGAAGUCUUGGAGAAGAAAGAGGAAUCCACUAUCCAAAGCCAGCCUGCUACUGCUGCGAUAGAUUUCGUACCCAAAAUAAAAGAAGCCAUCAGAGAAGGACUUCCUGCUAUAAAAUUGCAAGUUGAAACCUUUGAAUAUGCAGCCAAGGGUAAUGUAUUUCAGUCACUGAACAGAGGCCACAACAAUCAUUACUCCAACAGAUCCUUGCCUUACUUACUUGGGACCGAAGAGUUCAUUGAUAGCCCUACUGUUGGAGUUUCAGAAGGGCAUCAGUUUAAGCGUGAAUCAGUCCCGAACAUUCAGCCCCCUAGCCAUCCAUCUAACAGCACUGUAUCAUCAGUACCAUCGUCCCCUUCUUUGAAGUCAAAUUUGCAGGUGCCAUUACCUGUUGACAUCCGACCCCAUUCUGAUUCAGAUGUUUCCUCUCUGUCUGAAGCUGGUGGAAGAGUAUCUGUUGAAACCAAAGAAGUAGACGAAAUGCUAAAAAGACCCGGGCUUAGGAACCUACAAGACGAAAUUUCUGCACGAUUAAAAAAUUCAAGUGGUCCAACCGUGAUGCCUUCCCCCGAAGCAUAUACCACGCCAUAUGCAAAGGUUCCUAUCAACGGUGAAUCUCAGCGUCAAGAAGUGAAAGAAAUAAAUCCACGAGGAGCCGUAGCAGAGCCACAGCCAAACUCUGAAAUCGCAUCAUCUAAAGAAAUCAUUCAACCACCUAAAAAGAAAACCCUAUUUGAUGAUAGUAGCAGUGAAUCUGACGGUGAGCUUUUCCGAUCGAACGCGUCUAAAGCAGCCACUUCCUCUACCAGUGCAUUAAAUCCAACAGCAUCGAAGGCAAGCAGUGGAUCAACUGCUCAUCAACCACCUAUGGGCAAAAACAAUAAUCCAGUGGCUUUAGGGCGGACUAGUAAUUUAUUUGGAUCAAGCGACAGCGAGGAUGAUCUCUUUAGUGCAGCGGUUAGUUCCAACGUAAAGUCUUCAAAAUCAAUUCCAAAAUUAACCGGAAAGAUAGGAACAAGUGUCUAUGAUGACGAAGAAAACAUAUUUCUACCCAAAAACACAACAAAAGAAAAAUCUCAAUCGGCGCCUUCAAUGACCAUCACAUUGCCCGCCGAUAAACCGCAGUCCUUAUUCAAAGACUUAGAUGUGCCUGAUUUUAUUCAAACAAAGCCCAAUCUGCCGGUAAAUGCAGCUGUACCGACGGCAAACAAACCUCAAGAUAAAUUACCUGUGCAGCAAGCCAAACAAUUAGGAUUCGAUCAACCCAAACCAAAAAGCCUUUUUGCAGACAGUGAUGAGAGUGAUGAAGAUCUCUUUCGUAACAUUGUGGCAGUCAAGAACAAGGUUCCGGCAUUAGUUGUGCCACCCACGACUUUGUCCACCUCUCCAUUACCCGAUAAAAUAGUUACUCAUUCAAGUCGGCAUCAGUCUACACCGAUUCAAAAUGGCGAUAAAAAGGAAGAACAAACUAGGCCAGCAUCUGGUCCCGACAGUAGCACCGAACCGGUUCGUGUUGAAUCACAUUCCAAAUUAAAGUCAAAAUCAUCACUUUUAUUUGAUGAUGACUCGGAUGACGAAGAUUUAUUCAAAGGAGUUACAGUGAAGAAGUACUCCCCCCCGAAAACAAAUGCUCCUGCUUUAAAGAAUGUUCAGAAAGUUUCGAAAGAUGAUUCAUUGAAAGAAGUUCUAGUACCAAAACCAGCCGCUCAUGUUGCUCAGGUAAUUGAAAGCCUUGAUGACGGCGACUUGUUUAGUUCUGCUCUGCCAGCCAAACCCCCUUCGUUGUUGGGUGUUCGUUCCGUUACCCAGAAACCUGAAGACCCACCAGACGAAUCAUCGGUUGCCAUAGCCAAAACAACAGAGAAAUCAAUAUUCCUGGAAAAGAAACAGUCGAUUCCGCAAACAGCCAUAAGCUCUGGCGAUUUAACAGCUAAACCCAUACCUGUUUCUUCAAAACUACCAGAGAUCUUACCGACCAACAUUUCAAACGACCUGUUUGGUGGUAAAAGUACUCCGGUAAUACAACCGCCUCAGCGUCAAAAUAUUCCGAUAUUGAAUACGUUUGAAGAUCCUGACGACGAUGAUCUUUUUGGGAUUUCAAAUUCUAAACAGGUGCCACUAUCUAUGCCAAUUAAAACCUCGUUGAAAUCAGAAGAGCGUGAAAAUCUAAUAAAAACUGAAGAACUACUUGAUGCUGUCUUGAAACAAACGCAACCUUUCUCCCUUGAUCCCGUUAUAUCUUCGAAAGCUAUUGAGAAAAUACAAACUCCCGAAAGUGAUAUUAGUCAAUCACUGGAGACGGAAGUGGUAUCUCAAACCUCAGCCAACACCUUUGAUAAGAUACCAAGUCGAAUAGCCUCGCUGAAGUUGACUCUCGCUAAGCAACCGAAUUCCAUGCCGUUUUCUAAUACUGGCUCUUCGGCCAGUACGCCUAAUGAGGAAGACGGCAACACACCAUCGCAUGCCAUUGUUCGGAAACCGUUCGGAGCAACGCCGCUUUUCGGUCCUCGCAUUCCCAGCCCGGUGAAAAGCGUUCCGCCGAGUCCUACAAAGACUGAACAAAAGAUUAUGCCACGGGUUGAAGGGAAUGAAAAUAAUAGAGAGUCUGAACAAAACAAUGAUCCUCUGGAUUGUCUUAACAGACAACGGCCAAAAGCUCCUUCCCGUCGCCUACCUUCACGCAAUUUCCGGCGUUCUCGGAUCCAGGACGACGACGAUGAAUUGCCCCAGGUGGAAGAAGCUCAUCAAUCUCCCCUGGAAACCACAUCAAUAUCAACUGUUGUCAAUCAGGUGGUUAGUGAGCCCUUGCCGGCAUCGGAGCCACCUAAAAAGCCGACAACUAUUGUGGUUGAUGAAAUGCAUUCACAGUUGAAACCUGCCGAACGAUCGCUUUUUGAUGAUUCUGAUAGCUCCGAUGGGGAACUUUUUAAAGUUAAAACACCAGCAAACAAGUUGUCCAAAACUGAAGCGCCUGUGAAGUCGGGAGGUUUAAAAUCCAAUGCAAAAAUCAACUCCUCAUUGCUUGGCUCCGGCUCGGAUGACAGCAGUGUCUUUAGCAGCCACCAAGUAACCAUUCCAACACCGAAAAUAACUACGCCUUCAUUUCUGCUUGCCGAUUCUGACGAUGAUGAUGAUUUGUUUGCCACUACGCCGAAACGCCGCUUACAUCCCAAGCCAGAUCUUACCACCGUGGUUGGUGCUAGUAAAGCUGGUCCCGCAGCAACCGAUCCCCUUCUGAAUUUUCAAGAGUAAGUGAAUAUGUUUGCUUCCGAGCAAGUCUAGUCUCGAGACUAAGUCUGGCCUAGGUGCCUUUUGUUUCCUGAUGCCCUAUUAUGUGUAGAGAAGCAACAUUUUUAAAAAUCUUAACAUAAUCUGUGAUGCCUCUUUUCCCUCACAUGUAGCCCUGAAACUAUCAUCACGACAAUAGUUUCUAUAUAGAAAAACAUUCCGAGGCCUUAUUGAUUGUCGUGACCCGUAAAACCCAACAUAUUUUUCUUCAACAAAAUUUUGUGUGUACCGUAUAUCUCUGUCAACACAUUUAUAUUAUUAUUA